CGGUCCCAAGUUUCAAGCUCUCUAAUAAUAAUAAGCUCCAAUCCAAAAGGAGGAGGUAGAGGAGAUAUUAAAAAGAAAAAAGAAAAAGAAAAAAAAGGAGCUUAGAGAUUAGGAAUUGUCGAUCGGACGGUGGGGAUCGAUCGACGAGAGGAAAAAAAAAAAAUGAGCGGUCACGAUCUUCAGCUGCCGCCGGGGUUCCGGUUCCAUCCGACGGAUGAGGAGCUCGUGACGCACUACCUCUGCAGGAGGUGCGCCGCGAUGCCGAUCGCCGUCCCGAUCAUCGCCGAGGUCGACUUGUAUAAGUACGACCCGUGGCACCUCCCUGGUAUGGCGAUGUACGGAGAGAAGGAAUGGUACUUCUUUUCGCCGAGGGACCGAAAGUACCCGAACGGGUCGAGGCCGAACCGGGCGGCCGGGUCUGGUUACUGGAAAGCGACGGGCGCGGACAAACCGAUCGGCUCGCCUAAACCGGUCGGCAUUAAGAAGGCCCUGGUUUUUUACACCGGGAAGGCGCCCAAGGGCGAGAAAACGAAUUGGAUCAUGCACGAGUACCGGCUCGCUGACGUGGACCGGUCGGCCCGCAAGAAGAACAGCCUCAGGCUAGAUGAUUGGGUUCUGUGCCGAAUCUACAACAAAAAAGGUGCUCUCGACAAGCCGACUGGUUCGGACCGGAAACCAUCUGGUUCGGGGAGCAUGAUUAGGCCGUGUUUGUCACCCCCCGAACAAAAACCGGUUCUAUUACCCGCGCACUCGCAUAUGCAACCGUUUACCGAGAUGGCUUAUUUUGAUCCUCCGUCUGAUUCGAUCCCCCGGUUGCACACGGACUCGAGCUGCUCCGAGCACGUGAACUCGGCCUCGCCCGAGUUCGCGUGCGAGAGAGAGGUAGAGAGCCAGCCGCGGUGGAAGGAGUGGGAGAGGGUGUUCGAGGAGCCGGUUCAGCCCGGACCAGUUCUGCCCCACUUCGAACCGUCCGGUCUGGCUUCGCCCGGGUUCAGGGACCCAUUUCCGCAGGACAUUCUCAUGUACUGGACCAAACCCUUUUGAACAAAUCGGGCCGGAUGCAGAUGGAAAAAAAAGAGUCUAAAUUGAGCUAAAUUCGGUUCGACUCCGAUUAUAACUUAAUCGAGUCGGGGCAUUUGGGGCCGUUUGAUAUAGAUCGUGCGGCUGCGGCGGCCGGCGAGAUGAGAUCGUGGGGCUCGGAUUUGCCGGUGGGGGUGGGUGGGUGUUGAUAUGCUUGUGUACAUAUCACAUAAGUGUAUUGGUUGAUUGUGGAGGGAAAUUACAAUUAUGCCCAUCAUUCUUGAAGGAAAUAUAAUAUUUUUGUUAGUGUAGUAAAGUAAUGAAAGCUUUAAUUCAAGAUCACAUACUGUGGUUGCGUAGAUGAUCACAUGUUGUUGUUGUUGUGAUGUAAACAAAAAUCAGUAUAUGCUGUAAGAUACAUAGUAUGAACCUUAAAAAAGAGUAAAUUUUAAUCUAUA